GCGGCUCCGCGCUGAGUGCAAGAAUCACCAUGAUUCUUCAGAGGCUCUUCAGGUUCUCCUCUCUCAUUCGAUCUGCAGUCUCAGUCCUUUUGAGGAGAAACAUUGUUGUUACAGCAGUGGCAUUUAACAAGGAACUUGAUCCUGUACAGAAACUCUUCAUGGACAAGAUUAGAGAAUAUAGAACUAAAUGCCAGACAUCUGGAGGACCUGUUGAUACUGGCCCAGAGUACCAGCAAGACCUGGAGAAGGAGCUUUUUAAGCUUAAGCAAAUGUAUGGUAAAGCAGACAUGAAUACGUUCCCUGACUUCAAAUUUGAAGAUCCCAUGAAGUCUUAG